UCACAUAGAGCUGUAAUGCGACGAACUUUUCAGAGGACCAGCGGGACAGUUACAAUUUUCAUUUAUUAUAGAAACCACGUCAAAGCAUAUGGCCAGCCAUAGUUUCUGAUCUUUGUUGAAUUGAUUGGCCAGCAAGGUCACCGGUGCAAAGGUAGAUGUAUAAUAUACUUCAGGGCUUUCGCCGUGGCAGUUUACCGUUGCGUUGAUUACCGAUAAGGCGUAACUUCACAGGGUGCAGGUAGUGGCGUAUAAACUAUAAAGCUCUACCCAAGUUUCUUCUACUACUUCUAGCAAGUAUGGCGUCGUCCAACUUAUCGAAGAGAAUUCAAGCAAUGCUCAAAUACGAGGACAAACUCAUCAUGCCGCCGAGUGGGGGUGUUCUGAGCGCCGAUGAGUUCGACUGCUCCAGUAAUAAAGACGGUGUAAUAAACAUGAGCAUAUCUGAAAACAGAUUGGUUUUCGAUUUACUUCGAGAAAAGAUGCAGAAAUGCACGGUGCAACCAGAGACUUGGGCCGAUGACAUGUUUAUGUAUUCCGAACUUGGAGGUGUUCCAGAGCUCAAAGAAGCCAUCGCAAAAUACCUGAGAGUUACAACAAGAGCUGUUAUGCCGGUCGAUCCAACAAAAAUGGCGGUUUUGAACGGCGCUGACUCGGGAUUAGAGGCCUUCGGGCAUAUCAUCUGCGACGCUGGAGAGGCCGUACUUGUACCUGCUCCAUAUUACUACGGCAUCCACAGAUCUCUCAAAGUACGAUUUGAUGUCGACGUUUUCCCGAUACCCCUUUCUAGCGAGCCGAAAUCUGGCGAAACCAAACCAUUUGAACUGACUGUUGAGCGUGCUGAGCAGGCUUACAAGAAAGCAACACAAGAGGGAAUAGUUGUCAAGGGCCUCUUUCUUGUAAACCCCAACAAUCCACUAGGAGACGUUUACAGCAGGCAACUGGUUCUAGAUUUACUCAAGUUUGCCAACAGGCACGAUCUUCACGUAGUCUUAGAUGAGGUUUACAUGAACUGCAUUUUUGAAGAGGGUGUCGAUCACUACAGCAUCUUCCAGUUCAAAGAAGACGAGAUACCAGACUUACAGAAAGUUCACUUCAUCUGGACGUUCAGCAAGGAUCUAGCAAUGGGUGGGAUGCGAAUCUCUGUGAACUACACUUGGAACAAGGACGUCCUUCAGUCCCUGAAUGGCAUUGCACAUUUUCAUUCGGUUCCAACAGGAUGGCAGAACAUGAUGGCAAAGCUACUUUCAGAUACAGACUGGUGUACCGAUGUCUUUUUGCCGACAUCGGUUAAAAGACUAAAGGAAGCUUUUGAUCACUUCACCGCUGGACUGAAACAACUUGGCGUUCCCUUUCACGGUGGACCCGCAGGGCUCUAUCUUUGGGCUGAUUUUUCAAAGUUUCUUUCAGCCCCUACUGCAGAGGCCGAGAUUGAGUUCCAUCACAAGUUAAUCAAGGCAGGUGUCGAGUUCUCUCCGUCUCUACUCUGCCGAGGCAGUGAAAGAGGAUGGUUCCGCGUGGUGUUUGCUCGCAAGCUGAACAUUCUAGAACUCGCUCUGGAACGAAUCCAGCGAGCAUUGCAGUCUUAAGCUUCACUCUGCCGUCAGUAGAUGGAUUUGGCGCGAUACAAAUAAAUAAAUAAACAAAAACUCAAAACAGAGCAUCACUUGUGAAGGUGGUAAUUGACUAUGUAGCUGUUGCAUAAAUACUGGUAACGAGCAAUGGAGAGUUGUUGUUAGUAUAAAACAUCGUGAGAAACGGCUCCCUCUGAGGUAACGAAGUUUUCGAGAAAGAGGUAAUUUCUCACACAUAAAAAUACAGGUCUGAAACCUUUAAUCAGGCAUAUAUAAAAGCACACACAAUAUUGUACAACAUGGGUGUUUUUUCUUUCAUUAUCCUCUUGCAAAUUUGAUGACCAA